AGCUGCAGCAUGCACAGAUCCUACCAGCCGCUGAAUCCCGUCACCAACCGGUACCUGCAGCAGAGAUGGGACCAGAACCACUACCAGGACCACCGCAAGAAGGUGAACUCCUCCCUGCCAGUAGUGGACAACAAGGGGGUGAAGACACCUGCUCACAUCCAGCUGAAACUGAAGAAACUACAGCUGCAGGACGAGCGCCUGUCCGUCAUCGACAGAGAUAACCGACUGCUGGCCUCCAAACUGGCCCACAUCGUCUGCUCUAAAGGUCUGGUGGACCAUCAGAACCAGUACCACCUGAGGAGUCUGAACGCUGAUAGGAGGAGGGAGGAGCUUCUUCUAAUUGCCCGUCAGAAUCAGGCCAUCUAUCAGCGAAUCACGAGCCGGCAGUCGGAGUACCGCCGCCCGCUGUGGUUGGACGACUGGGAGAGGGCGGAGCGUCGCCGCGAUGACAUCUCACGAUACCCCGGAGGACUCGUCGAGAAACACAGGUCAAGUAGGAAGGUCAAGUUUGCAGCAGAGGGCGAGCGAGUGGCGAGCUGCAGCAUCACGGACACAGAGAGAGAAACCUGAGACAGAAAGACCAAACAAACUCAAACUUAAGCAGUAAAUAAUCC